UAAAAUGUAGGUUUCAGAUAAGCAAUAAAUCAGUUUUUCGAAGUUUAAACCAGAUACUUCAUUGUUAUUUCACUUUAUAAAGUGUAAUUGUUCAGGGAUAUAAAAUUUCAUAAUAGCUUUUAACUUUUUAUAUCAACUUAAUGUACGCGUAUAUCACAUAAUUUGAUAUUCAAACAGAUUUAAUAUCUUAACAGACGGAUAUUUACGACAAAAUUCAAAAUGGCUACGGGUGGUAGCUUUUCUAGAACAUUGGAGGGCGGACACGAACCUUUUUAUGACUUUCCGUGUUCGCCAUGUGAGAACGAAGGAAAGAACAUGGAGGCUGUCAAAUAUUGUGAGGAAUGCUUCGUCUACAUGUGUGAUUCUUGUGUCAGGGGUCACAACAGAUUUCCGCUCAACACAAGACACAAAUUAUUGGACCAAAGCCAGUUUGGGAAAGUGGCCCAGACUAAACUUGUUUCAUUUCCGACGAAACGAUGUUUGAAACAUCCUGGUGAAAUCAUUAACAUCUAUUGUGGCGACCAUGAUGUCGUCUGCUGUAGCUCGUGCAAGGUUCUCGAGCACAGCAACUGUGCUGAAACCGAACAUUUGAUAGACGCGGCCAAGGGUAUAAAAAAAAGCAAUGAGUACCAAACUAUCAAACAAGAAACACGUGCCCUCCUGAACGACGCCGUUAGAGUUCUUGCAGACCGGAAAGCUGAUAUUUCUCGUAUCGAGAAUGAAAGAAAAGAUGUCAAGAAAAUUAUUGCUGAUUUUAGAAAGAAAGUAAAUAAGUACUUUGAUGAUAUGGAGCAAAAAACUCUCGAUGCUUUACAUGAUAAAGCGGAAAUUAUCGUAAGCAGUUGCGAACAAGAUACAAAAGAUCUUACCGUCAUGAAAUCAACAGCUGAGGACAUGCUGAAGCAGCUAGAGUCAUUCAAGGAAGAUAAUGAGUGUGAUCUCUUUGUACAAGUCAAAACCGACAAGAAAUUCUUAAGUAAUGCUAUUCAGGAAGUUCUUAAUAUCUCAAAGAAGAUACGGAAAGAUGCUAUUAACUUUAGAAUCGACCCGAAAAUCGAGCCAUACCUUAGUUCACUUGAAAGUUUGGGCACCUUUACAGAUAUCCCUGUAAACGUUGGUCAACUUUCACUAGCAACCACAUACAGACAUGUCAGCCAGUCACGUGCAUCUACGCCAUCCUCGCAGACGUCUCAGGAUAAUCGUGCUCCGCUUCCUAAAUACAGAAUACAGCUGUAUGGUAAUUUUGAUGUAAAGGAGAAAUCUGAUUCUAGUGUAUGUUAUGUAUUAGACAUCUGUCAGCUGUCAGACGGAACUAUCCUUAUUGCUGAUUUUGACAACAGCAAGCUGAAAAGACUAGAUCAGUCAUAUAAACUUCUCGAAUCGCUUCGACUGCCCGGCGGUCCACUUGGCAUGUGUAAUGUUGGUUCUAAUGAGGUUGCUGUGUCUCUGCUUAAUGCUAAGAAAGUUCAGUACAUAUCUGUAAAAAAGAAACUGACACUGAAGAGAUCAUUCAGUACAGGUAACUGCUGUAGAGGAAUGGUUUAUGUUGAUGAUAAACUGUAUGUCUGUUGUGGUGAUUCACGUGAUUCAUCUUCCGGUUGUAUAGAAGUGUAUAACAACGCUGGUCAGCUACAUCAUUCUAUAAGUGGAUUAUCUUCCGUUCCAGCAUACACCACAGUCACAGAUGAUGGUCAGCAUCUUCUUGUUACCAGCUUGUACAGUGAUAACAUAACUAUGAUGGAUCUGACUGGUAAUGUAAUGAACACAUUCAGCAACAGAGACUUGAAACAUGCUAGUGGCAUAUGUACUGACGGUAUAUGUCAGGUGUUUAUCUGCGGGUAUUACAGUACGACAGUUGUUCAGUUGGAACCUAAGCAGCAGAAGAUAGACGUGAUCCUGGGGGAGAAAGAUGGAAUCAAGAAUCCUGUUGCUAUUUGUUAUGACAGAAAGCAGUCGAGAGUAUUGGUCUCCUGUUAUAAAUCAAAUCUGUUGUUAGUAUUCAGUUUGAAAUAGAAUAAUAAAGAAUCAAAAGAAGAUCGUUGACAAUAUCGAUACGAUGAUUUUGAAUUUUGUAUUUCCUUAUCAUUAUGUGAUGAUUUUUGUAUUCCAGUAACUGUUUCUGUAUAUUUUAACGUAAAGCAUUGUCAUCACGAACACUUCAAUUAUAUCAUAACCCUGUUGUUCGAAACAUUUACCGGCUGGUCAACUAACCGCCUGUUAAUUUUUUAUUCAAAAUACUAGAAUUGGUGGGAAACACUAGUCUGGUGUUUUGAUUUUAUUGUACAGAUUUUUGAGUGUUCAUAGUUCUUACCUCAUACAUUUGUUUUUCAAAGUCUUCUGAAAUAGCCCUAAAAGUUAAUUAACCGUUAGUUUAAUCGCUUAUUAAAUUUUCGAAGGACUGGGCCCAGGUGUUAAGUUGUUCUAAAUAUAAAAUGUUAAUCAAACAGUUCAAUACAGGUAAAUGCAUUAACUCAGACCUCAUAUCAUAUAUAUGAUGAACUUUAAUUGAAUCAAAUAUAUAU